AUACCAAGUGAUGGCAUUUGCAACAGAUGCUGAUGAAAGACAAGAAACGGAACAGCAAAAACUUAGUUCUGGAAAAAAACUUGCGGUGGAUUGGGUUUUAAACAUCGGAGAGCAAGCACUGGAUAUAUGCGUUGUCUCCUUUAAUCAGGCAGUUUCUUCUGUUUUUGUGCUUGGUGAGAGAAACUUCUUUUGCCUUAAGGAUAAUGGGCAAAUACGAUUCAUGAAAAAGCUUGAUUACAGUCCAAGUUGCUUCAUUCCUUAUGGUUCAGUGAAAGAAGGAAAAAUAAACACUCUGGUUGGAAACCACAGUAAAAUGCUGAAUGUUUAUCAAGAUGUUACACUGAAAUGGGCCACACAACUUCCCCACAUUCCCGUGUCAGUAAAAGUAGCGAAUUUACAAAACUUGAAGGGUGUUAUAGUCACUUUAAGUGACAAUGGGCAUCUUCAGUGUUCCUAUCUUGGAACUGAUCCUUCACUCUUCCAGGCUCCUAGAGUUGAUUCUAGGGAAAUAAACUAUGAAGAAUUCGAUGCUGAAAUGAAAGAGCUUCAGAAAAUCAUCAAGCAGGCCACAAAAACACAAGAUAUUUUGCCCAAAUCUGAAAAACACAGAGAUCUGAUUGUCACAGCAGAAGUUUCGCCUGAUUUGGAUGCAGAAUCUCAAGCCAUUGACAGUGAGGUAAAAGCAGAGGCAGUACCAUCAGUCACAGUAAAGGUAACAAUACAGAGCAGAGUGACAGCGCAGAAACCAAUCCUGGCAGUGUGUGUACAAGCUCCAUUAGCAGUGACUUGUGACCAGUUCAUCUUUGAUGAUUUAGAACCAGAUUCAUCUGAAACUGUGGUCCUGUCUGUCUUUCUGAAGGGGAACUGUCCUCCAUCAGAACUAGAAGGAAAUUGUGUGGUUUCAUACAAUACACCAACAGAGCUCAAUCCUGAAGGAAUACUGAAAGUUGCACAGUGUAACUUCAUGCUGCCUUUGCGGUUAAUUUGCUUUCCAGCUCAACCUUCAAAAGCAGCAAACCACAAGCUAACUAUUGAUACCAAUAAACAUCCCAUCAGUUUUCUCACCAUUUUUCCAG